UGCUCAGCUGAUGCGGUUGCAAACUCAUACGGGUUGGGUGAAAUCAACAAAAGAGGCAUGAUCCGAGAAAUUAAGCCUUGAAACAAUGGUUUAGAUCGUGGAUGAUUUCGUGGACAGCUCAUUCUGAGAGUUUGAAUAUUUAGGAACGGCAGGAGCAAAUUUAAAAUUCGUAAAGGAAAACCAUUAUUAACCCUCGCAUAUAUGUUUCUUUUGGGUGUUGCACUCAGGACUUUACCUGUCAGGACUUUGAGAUCGUUGCGCAGACCACUCUCCACACCGUCAGUGUCCACGAUGGUCAAGAAAAUCGAGAACAUCACGAAAAGUCCAGAGGACCAAAGAGAUUACCGAGGCCUUAUUUUGGACAAUGAGCUACGGGUUUUACUCAUCAGCGACCCAAAAACUGAUAAGUCGGCAGCUGCACUCUCCGUUAAUAUUGGUCACAUGAGCGAUCCCAUGGAACUCAAUGGCUUGGCUCACUUUCUGGAGCACAUGCUGUUCCUCGGAACGGAAAAGUACCCAAGCGAGAACGAGUACAGCAAGUACUUGACCGAGCAUGGUGGCAGUUCAAAUGCAUUCACCUCCAUGGAAAACACAACCUUCUACUUCGACGUCGGCCCGGAACACUUGGACAACGCAUUAGACAUUUUUUCUCAGUUCUUUAAGGCGCCUCUCUUCACCGAGGACGCGACAGACCGAGAAGUAAAAGCUGUCAAUUCGGAGCAUGAAAAAAAUUUGGCCAAUGACUCAUGGCGAUUACACCAGCUGGAAAGGAGCACCAGCAUCAAGGACCAUCCCUACAGUAAAUUUGGCACUGGCAACUUGCAAACGUUGGUCGAAGAUCCCCAAAAAAAUGGAAUUAAUGUCAGGGAGGCGCUGCUCAAGUUCCACAGAGAUUACUACUCGUCCAACAUCAUGUCGCUCGUGAUCCUCGGCAAAGACUCUUUAGACAAACUGCAAGAUACAGCUGUGAAUUUGUUUGGAACAAUUGAGAACAAAAAAGUCGCUCUGCCCAAGUGGCCUGGAAAUCCUUUUGGCCAAGAGCAGCUGCAAAAGAAAGGACUGGCUGUGCCAAUAAAAGACUGGCGAUCACUUAGCGUCACCUUUCCCAUUCCUGACAUGAAGCAGCACUACAAAGCAGGCCCAAAUAGGUACUUAGGCCACCUGAUUGGUCACGAAAGCAGCGGCAGUUUGCUCUCUGCUCUGAAAAAGCGUGGCUGGUCAAGUCAUCUGAAUGCUGGAUGCAGGUCUGUGGCCAGGGACAUUUCCUUUUUUGCUGUGAACGUUGAUCUGACUGAAAAGGGUCUCGAGAACGUUGACAACAUCGUUGAUCUCAUCUUCCAGUAUAUCAAUCUGCUUCGGCAAGAAGAUCCAAAGGAAUGGAUUUUCAAAGAAUAUGUGGAAAUCACUAACAUGAGUUUCCGGUUCAAAGACAAAGAAUCGCCCAGGGAUUAUGUUGUCGACCUUGUUGAAGACCUGCUGGAAUACCCGGUGGACGAGGUGCUAACUUCAGGAUAUUUAUUGUCUGAAUGGAAACCUGAGCUUAUAAAUCAAGUGUUGGAAAAUUUGACUCCAGAUAACUGCAGGAUUGGAAUCAUCUCCAAACAAUUUGAACCAAUUGCUGACCAGACUGAGAAAUGGUAUGGAACCAAAUACAAAAUCGAAGACAUUCCUUCAGAGCUGAUUGAAAAGUGGAAGAAUGCUAAGCCGAUUGAAGAGCUGAAGCUGCCCAAAAAGAACGAGUUCAUUCCAAGCAGCUUAGAUAUUUUGCCAGAUGAUGAUAACCCCACAAAGUAUCCUGCAAUCAUUCACGAGACGCACUUUGCUCGGGUGUGGCACAAGAAGGAUGACGAGUUUCUCCUCCCAAAAUCAAACCUGAUCAUUGAACUGACUAGUCCGUUUGCGUUCGUGGACCCGCUCAGGGUAAACUUUACACAUAUUUACCUGUAUUUGGUUCAUGACGCCCUGACUGAAUAUUCGUACGACGCCUCCCUGGCUUCUCUCAAGUUUGGUGUUGUGAACUCCAAAUAUGGCUUGAUGGUGACAAUCAAAGGAUUUCACGACAAGCAAGACAUCUUGCUAACCAAAGUGCUCGACACGCUGAUCAAUUUGGAGGUUGACGAGAAACGCUAUGAGAUUUUCAAGGAAUACUAUGUGCGAAGUUUGAAGAAUUUUCAAGCAGAACAACCAUACACGCACGCAAUGCAUUACCAAUCAGCGUGUUUGCUGGAAAAAGUGUGGCUUAAAAGUGAACUGCUGGAUGCUACAAAAUAUCUGUCCAUCGAGGGCCUGAAGAGUUUCAUCCCGCAAUUCUUCUCCAUGAUGCACAUUGAGUGCCUGAUCCACGGCAACACCAACAAAGCAGCAGCCCAGAAACUGAUCGAUGUGAUCGAGGGCAAACUGGUCAAGAACGUGCAGCCUUUGUUGCCACCGCAUUUGCUGCGUUACAGAGACAUGAAACUCGAGGAUGGGAGCAACUAUGUUUACGAAGUAACAAAUGAAACGCACAAAACCUCCUGCGUCGACGUUCUUCUGCAGUGUCCGCCAAAAAGCACAGAGAGUAACAUGCUGCUUGAGUUGUUCGUCCAAAUCGCCAGCGAACCAUGCUUCAACGUGCUGAGGACCAAAGAGCAGCUCGGCUACAUUGUGCACUUGACGCUGUCUCGCAACUUGACGGGCCAAGGCGUGAGAAUCAUGGUGCAGUCGUACAAGCAUCCGACCUACGUCAACCACAAAAUUGAGCAGUUUCUGCUGAGCAUGAAGUCGUACCUCGAGGAAAUGAGCGACGAGGAGUUUGAAAGGCACAAAGAAGCCCUGGCUGUACUGCGGCUGGAGAAGCCCAAGAAGAUGAAACAACUGACCAAUCACUACUGGACCGAAAUUUCCAUCCAAGCGUACUGCUUUGACCGGGACAAUAUCGAGGUUGCCUUUCUCAAGACCCUCACCAAGGACGAUGUGAUUCAAUUUUACAAUGAUCACAUCCACGCCGAGGGGGCCAAAAGGCGAAAGCUGGCGGUCCACGUGUUGUCAACCGCGGAAGGAGGCGCUGGAUCUGCUGGCACUGAGGUUGAUGAGUUUGAACCCUUGUCAAUCGUCAGCAAGCCGACGCGUAUCGAAGACAUCUGCAGCUUCAAGAGUGGUCUGUCGAGCUUCCCGCUUCUCCAGCCUUAUGCUUAUCACAGGCCACAAGGUUCUAAAGCCAAACUUUAGAAACUCAUAACGAGAGCAACGUCAAUCUAAUAAAAUAUGAUCCCCCACUCACGCGUGUCAUUAACUUUUUUUAUGUACUGCCAAGCGAACAUUACAACCUUAUAGCAACAAAUAUCAAGAAUCCAAGUUGUUCUGGAUGCACUAGACGAUAAUUGUUUAAAAACGAUUUUAUAAGUCAACGCAGCUACUUUUUUCUACCAAACUGAUUUUUCCCCGCUUGGCCCAGAUGUAAUUAUUCGUGCGUGAUUGUUUGUACUUUAUAUUUGGACUAACUAUGUAUUUUAACCAAGGCUGGGUAUCUCCCGGAAGAUUCCCAAACUUGCAGUAUGCAGUGCAGUGGUUUUUUGCGGUAUUUACCAGUUUUGUGCGGUUUUUUGCACCUCAUGGUAAAAGUAUUGAAUAAAUGCCCUAUAUGGAGAGGAAACGGGUUUUUGGUUACGAUUAUUAACCAUUAUUACUUUAUUAAUUCUUUUGACUUUCAUAAUUACUUUUUGUUGACUCAUGUGUUUUUCAGUUUUUUUGGACAUUUUAAAUGUAAUUUUUCAUGGGCACCAAAAAUGCGGGAUAAACUUGCUGCAAAAAACCGGGUCCGCAAAAUACCGCUUAAUACCCAUGCCCAGCCCUGAUUUUAACACAUGUAAUUGCAAUAAAAGUACGGUUCUUUUCCAAAUAGCCAAAUA